AUGGAGCAAGCAAUAACAACAAUUAAUAAUAGCCUUCCUUUACAACAACAAAAACACGAAUGGAAAGACGAUCCUUUACAAAUGUUAGCUAAACAAUGUGACACAAUUAGUGGAGACGAAGAUAAAAUUAAUAAACAACAAAUGGGAAAUAAAAGAAAAUAUUUAAAUGGAAAUUCUAAUAAUAAUGAUUUUGGAGGAAUUAAAAAUGGACAGAAUAAAAUAAAAAUUAAAAGUCCUAAUAAAUUAGACCAAGCAGCAAUGCCCAAUGUUAUUCCCCCUUUUAUGCCCCCACCCAAUGGCUUUGGACUUUCCCAUCCAAUGCAGUUGGCUGCUGCUGCUUUUUUGCAUCCUUUAAUGCCAACACAAAGACCACCAACUUUUACUCCUUCAAAUAAUUUUUGUCCCCCAAAUUCCUCUCCAUUUACAUCCCCAGCUCAACUUCAUUUUAUGCAACAACUUAUGGCUGCAGCUGUUCAACAACAACAAUUACCUCCUCCUCCGCCACCAUUACCUCCGACUAAUCUUCAAACACAACAACAAUUACCGCCAAAUUUUCUUCCUUCUAUGUUUCCUCAACAACAUCCCCAAAAUCCAUCAGGUAUUCCACUUCCUGCCAAUAUGCCCGUGCCAGCAAGAAAAUUAGACCAAAGACCUCCAAGUGCUAAUAACCAAUUUAACAACAAUAAUCAACAAAAUUCUGAUAUUGAAGCAGCUACUCUUGCAAUGGCUAUGUUUCAACAACAACAAAAUAAUUCUUUCGGGCAAGGACUUGCCUCUAACGGAGGGACAACAAUGACACAACAAACAGUUGAUAAUAGCCUCCUAGCUCAACAAAUACUUCAACAGCCAAUCCCAGCUUUAUUAAUGGCUGCAGCCUGUGGUCAGUUGCCUUCACAGUUUGCCUGCCCUUACCGAUUACGUGAAGGACAACCUUGUGGGCGUUUAUUUAAUUCAGAUGAUCAAUUAUUUGCUCAUUACAAAUCUGCACAUAUUGCGCAAAUGAGUUCUCCAAGUGCUGUCAGUUCAACAACAGAGGGCCCUGCUGUUUCAACCCCUUCAACAACUAUUCAAACACCAACAACCACUACGGCAAAUGGGCGACCUAAAAUAACGAAAAAUUCUCCGUCGGGAAUACAACAACAACAAACAACAAAUAAUAAUAAUCAUCAAUCUAAUAAUAAUAAAAAUUUUGGUUGGCAUCAACAAUUAUUUCAGUCGCCUUUAGGGUUUAUUCCGACGCAGCCAUUUCUUGGGCCCCCUCUUACUACACAACCUCCACCACCACAGCCAACUACAGCAACUACAAUGAUUGGAGCCCAAAAUCAUCGAUUCCAUCCAUAUUCUCAACCAAAUCAAGGAAAUCAACAAAUAACAAAAUCUGUUCAAAUGCCGCCACCACUUCCUUCCUUUCAGCAACAAAUGGCUCUCGCAUUGAAUUUAAUGGCUAAUUCUGACGUUUCUUCACUUCAACAAUUUGCUCAAAAUACUAAUAACAAUAUUCCCCCACCCCCUCCUCCUUCAGAAUUAAAUUCAAAUUCACAAUUGGCUGCUUUAACAGCUAUGGCUAAUUCUCUUGGGGGAAAUAAUCAAGCACAAAUUGCUGGAAGUAAUUAA